AUGGAGAGGCAAAUUAUAAACAAGAGAAAGCGAGUCUUUUCUCUCCAACCAAACAAGAACCCUAAGGCAGUUUUCGCAAGAAGAUACGUGAGUCACUUGGUUCCAGCUCUUAAAAAGAUCAACAUGAACAAAUCCUCUUCAAAAACCAACAAACAAAGUUUAGAACAAACCGUGAAACAUGAAGUAGACAUGGCUUUCGCAUUGUCUGCUCAAGAAUUCGCGUGGAGCCGUUUCUUGCAACAGAAGCUAUUAUCUUCCCCUUAUGAUGAUCCAAUUAGCACUAGUAGUUCUCCUUCCGAGAUUCUAGAAAGAUCGAGCAAGAGACAAGGUGGAGAAAAACACCAAGACAGCGACGAAGAAGAAGAAGGAGGAGAGAUCAAGAAGAGAUUGAAGGAAUUGCAGAAGCUUUUGCCAGGUGGAGAAGAGAUGAACAUGGAGGAGAUUUUGAGUGAGAUUGGAAGCUACAUUGUAUGUCUUGAAUUGCAGAUGAUUGUUUUAAAAUCUAUUGUACAAGAUAAUACUUCUUGAAUAUAAUAUAAUUCAUUGUUUCUUCUCUUCAAUAUGAUAAGGCGAAU